GGAAGACCCCGAUCGACCAAUGGCAAGGCGAGGCGGCUUCCCAGCGUGAUAGGUUGCGCCCUUGGCUCAGGGGCUAGAGGCGGCGGUUGGGGAGGGGGGGAUACGCGUAGUGAAGGCUCGGGUGCUGUGCAGUUUAAUUCGAAUUAAGCAUUCGGGGAGGGGAAAGCCCCAGUGAGAGCACGGGGGGUGUUGGCAGUGUGCAGGAGGCCGGCUGUUCGGAUAGGUCAGCGCAGUGUCCAGGCAGAGCUCGCUCCGGGUUGGCGCUCCGCCUCUCUCCGGUUUUCCCGCCUCUUUCACUCAAGCCGCUGACCGCCAUUAAACCGAGCUAUUCUAGCAGCAGGCACGGAGCGAGGCCUCUAUCUGUCCUCUCUGCGCUAAGGAGAAGCCGCCUGGGCCCUGUCUCCCCCCGCGGCCUGGUACACAGCGAGCCGCCCGCCCGCCCCCCCCAUCUCCGAGACCCGCGCCGACCCUCCGGAGCCAUGUCCAGGCCGGUCAGGUGAGUGCCGAUACCCAGGCUGGGGCCUAGCCUCCACAGCGGCCUGCCAUCGGGACUACAUGUCCCAUGAUGCUCGGCCAUCCCGUGCCAGACCCACGUGUGAUGCCAAUGGUGGAUGCUAUUGUAGGUGCAGGGAUCGCUCGCAGUGUGAUGGCCUCACUCCCUCCCAGCCUGGCAGGGGAGAGCUGCUGGCCGUGCGAGCUAGGGAGGGCAGGAGGGCUGCACGGAGCCUGGCUCACACUGUGUGUGUGUGUGUGUGUGUGUGUGUGUGUGUGUGUGUGAUAUGUUGGUAUAAUGUGGGGCUCAGCGGGCUGUGUAGCUCUCAGACAUGGCUACUUUGUAUCAAUGAGACCAUUGCAAUAGACACAUGUGGCUCGGAUGGGAGAUUGCAUUGGUUAUAUUGUGUUUUAUUGUGGGGACACAGGAGCUUCUUUUGUUAUCCUGUAAUGAAACGUGCUGCUGCUUCAGUCUGCAAAAUAAAUAAAUAUAUAUAUAUAUAUAUAGUGUGUGUGCUAUAUACCAUGCAAAGGGGUAGAAAUUGGAGACUAUGCGUGUGCUGUGCAUUACUGUGUGUGCACAUGUAAAUGUGGAAUGCAAACUAUUGCAUCUGAUAUAGAAAAGUACUACGCAAGGUUCGUGCAAAAAAGGCCUACCUUUAUAGUUUUUUUUUUUUUUUUUUUUAAAUGGGGCAUGUGUAUGCAAAUCUGGGCCUACAUCAUGUAUGCAAGGUUACAGUGGGAUGGGCUUGCAGCUGUUCCUGGGGGAAGGGCAAGAAGUGUACACAAGCAAGCACAUAGUAAGCGAUUUGAAACAAAGGAAGAGUUAAUUGCUCACAUUACUCUUGUAGCGGAUGGACAUCACCUAGCGUUUUUAAGGUUUGCUUGAGAAUGGGGCUUAUACUGUGGCUGAAAGGUCUAAUUUAAUGUUUGUUAGGUAGAUAUCCCUUCUCAAGCAUAUGGUGUCAUGUGUUUCCUAAAUGUUCUUGUCAUUCAAAAAGCUUUACUUGAUACAAUAGUCCUUCUAUAAUGAUAGAGCAUGUAGCCAUUCUGUCUCGUGUGCUUUUCUUCUGUGGUUUUGUCUUCGAUACAUAGUUGAUAUAAGGCUCAGUAUGUCUAUUUUUGCAGCCCUUUUGUCUAGUAUGUGUCAGUGUUGUAUUCACCCUCAUACAACACCGGCUUCUAUUGGAAGGCAUGCGAAUGGUUGACGUUUACUGUAUAGUAUGUUUACUGUAUUUUAAUAUUUUACACAAUCAUAGGAUAUCAACCAAUAGUGACAAGGUUCUGUGAGCAAAAAAAGUGUCCCAAGUAAAAUGUAAAGACAUGUUUGCUGGAAAAAGAAAGUACAUGUCUUAAUCUUAAUUUAUGGAGUUCAUGUAGGCAGCUAUUGAAUUUUUUUUUAACAAAUUUUUCUGGCUAUAAAGUUCACAUAUAAUCCUUACUGUACAGUAUAAACUUUCUGAGUGUCAUUCACUCAUGCAACAUAAGGGAGUUUCAAACGAGGCAAUAUUUCUGCAUGCUUAUACUGUAGGAAUGCCUGCUUCAGAACGGUUUUAUUGACCUUUAUUUCAGUAGGUACUGUUUUGCAUACUAUUUAAAGGGAUACUAAUGUCACCAAAAUAACUUUACCAUAAUGUAGCAGUUUUGGUGUAUAGAUCAUGCAGAAAAUUGAGCAGUGAGACUGCAGGGGCAAUUUAGACGUUAAAUAGCUUUGUUUAUGAACCCUUGUCACACCUCCCUGCAUGUGACUUGCAGUGUCUCCCUAAACACUUCCUGUAAAGAGUCAUCUAAAGUUAUCCUCUCUCUUUAUUGCAAGUUCUGUUUAAUUUCGAUUUUCAUAUCCCCUGCUAUGUUAAGAGUUUUAGACCAUUCAAGAGCCUCCUGUAUGUGAUGAAUGUUAAAUUUACAGAGCAGGAGAUACACUUGUUUAAGGUAAAUUACAUCUGCUUGAAAGUGAAACCAUUUUUUUUUUUUCAUGGAGGUGGUGUCAAUCAGAGCCAUGGGACAUGUGACUAGGGCUGCAGAAACAAAUGAUAUUUUAGCAGUUAAACUUGAGAGCCAUGAUCUACACACACACAAACUGCUUCGCUAAGCUAAAGUUGUUUAGGUGAAUUUAGUGUUCCUUUAAGUAAACAAGUAAAAUGACCAGUCAUGGUUACCAGAGUCUUGUUUUGCUAAUUCACAUAACACCUUUGCAUGGACUCUUUUGCAUUCACGUCUCACAAUACCAAAUUGGACAGUAAUGUGUUGAUACAAAAACCCACUAGGGAUUAGGUUGAGACAGCUUUUUUGCCAUAUUUAUUUAUCCACCCAUACAGCUAUUAUUUGUACGUGUUACCAAGUAAUGGGAUAAUCAAAAUGCCAGUCUAGAUGUUUUUGAAAGGUAUAUCAUCCUGUCGAACCAAGACAGCUUGGCAGUUCUUAAAUACUAAUUUUUAACUUUUUUUUUUUUUUUUUUUUCUCUCUUUUGCUUCUUUAAAUAGGAACAGAAAGGUGGUCGACUACUCACAGUUUCAGGACUCUGAUGGUAGGUUCCUAAAGGGCUUAGUAAUAGUACUUAUUUUUCAGUUGAAGAAUUGGAAGAAAUUUUGUGAUGUUUGUAUAAAGAAGAAAUGCAAUAAAAAAUGCAUUGUUAUCACUUGGGUGACAGGUGAUCUCCAAGGGCAAUUAUAUUAAUGGCUUUCCUUAAAACCCAUUACAGAAGUAAUAAUUGAAUUACAUUUCUAGCAUUAAAGCAGAACUUUAUCUUCCAGAGAAGCGACAGUUCGCUUUCCUCACCACAAUAGAAUUAUACUUUAACCUUUUGACAGUGUUAAAGGAUGGGGGGACCUCUGUUGCAAUUAUGCUUUGGGCAUUCUGAGAUUUGUCAAAACUUCCAUAUAAACUCAUCCAGUAAUUCCAUAAGUGUGAAUUUACUCUGUCCAUUGUGUCUUUUUAUAUAGUGCAUAGCUCUAAAUAUUGUUGCAUGCUUCCUGCUAUGCACUAAAUAAAACUCUUAUUUUUGAAGAGUACUGGAUCUUUUUUAGUUUAAUACUGGUGCAGCAAUACCAGCGGUCUAUACAGCAACCCCAUCUUAGUAAGUGCUCAUCUACUAUGUGUUUACAUUAGAAUGCAGCCUAUCUAGAUUUGUCGUACUGUUUAUAGGGACACUGUAACAUUAGAAAUACAACCAUGCAUUUUUAAGUUAUACUCAGCUCAUAUCCAAUGCCAUGCUCGUCCCACCCUGGAAGGCAUCAUCGGUGACUAUGAUUUCAGCCAAUCAAGUGCUUCUGAAUAGGAAUGCAUUAAGGGGGCGCUCUCAUGCAAGACCACCAUGCUCCACUGAUUAUCAUCUCCUCAUAGAGAUGCAUUAGCUCAAUUCAUCUCCGUGGAGAGCCUUUUGUAGCUUCAUGUAGGCACCUGUUGGCUCUUCCCACAGACAUCCACUUCUGUCCGAGGCUUGAAACGGUAAGUCUUGGACAGGAGUGCUGCUGAUACGUUUCUCACUUUCUUUUAGUAAUGGUAAUGUUUCAUCUGUACGUUUUUGUAGAGGAGAAUACUAUUUUCUAUUUAUUUCAGGAAAUCAGAGGGAUCCAAACUUUAGAUUUAUUUUAUAUAAGCUUAUUUCUUUUGAAUUUUUUUUUUUUACCUUUUCUGGUAUGCAUAUGUAUUUCUACUUGUAAGGUAAAAUGCCUUUUACUUCGAAUGUUUCAGACAGGCCAACUAUUUUUGUGCAAACACUUGCAAGAUUUAUAAAUAAAUUCAAGGAAAAUGGCACUUUGAUUCUUACGUGCCUUACAGAUCUCAUUCUUGGUUAAGAUAAGCAUCAUCUUGUUGUAUGACUGCAUAACUUGUGUAAUUGGCACUAAUUUUCAAAGGAAGUAAAACCUCGGCAGCAAGGCUUCUGCAAUUUACUAGCGCUUGCCACCAAGGAACAAGUAGGCAAAACUUAUUUGCCUGUUGUAAAAACUUAAAUUUUUAGUAUUUCCUAAAAUUAGUUUGUGUUAUAAUCUAAGAUGUGUAUAUAUACAACUAAAGUUUUGUGAUGGCAGCAUUUAGGCAUGUUUGCCUUCGGAUGAGUGUGUUUUUUUUUUUUUUUGUUUAAUAUUUAUAUUAUUUCUUCAGAUGAAGACUAUGGAAGAGCUGCAGCACCACCUACUAAGAAAUCUCGUGCAUCACCCAGAGAGGUCAAAGAAAAGAAAAGGCCUGGAAAAAAUUCACAGGAAGAGAGGUUAGAAAGUAACCUUUUUUUUUUUUUUAAAUUGAGUUAAAUUGUAUCUGAUACCAUUCUGGAUCUUCAUAUAGUCACAAACGUAUAGGAAUUACACCAAUAAUGCUUUAUACAAAUCUAUGAUUUCUUACAGAAAGUGCUUAAAUAUAUGUGGAGUUGCUGUGAUUACUUGAAUUAAAGGAACUCAAACAUGUAUUCCUGACCCUACAGUAUUAAAAACAUACAUCAAAAUAUCUACAAAAGAUUAUACAACGGCAAAGAAAGUGUAAUAUUGUUAAAACGCCAAAAAGUUCUAAUGCUUCAAGGUUAAAGGGACACUAUAGUCACCAGAGGUGCUGAUUGUCCAAAACUGCGUUUUGCUCGCCCCUUGCCGUGAGUUUUAACCCGUUCUAGGGUGGGGAUGGGGGGGGGAAAGCCACCUAAAUGGUGGGUUUUCACUAUAGGGUCAUGAAUACAGGUUUGUGUUCCUGACCCUAUAGUGAUCCUUUAACCCUUUAAGGACACGACAUGUGACUUGUCAUGACUCCUUUUUAUUCCAGAAGUUUGGUCCUUAAGGGGUUAAACUCACACAUGUGGGUUGUAUAUUGAGCUCUUCAAAGUGAUAUAAUAGGUGAUAAUGUCUGUUCAAGUUGAUCUUCCGGACAUUCAAAGAUACAUUCAAAGAUAAAUAAUAAAAACCAUAUUGCAGCAGUUUUAAAAAUACACUGCUUUAUUGAGGUACACUUACAACAUGUACGUGGAUAAAAUGCCCAUCAAUAGCAUCAGACGUUCUGGGAACUGGAUAAAGCCGUCUGUGUUCGUUCACCAGAUAUGUGUAUGUAUGUAUGUAUGUAGUAAGUUAAAACAAAUAAUCAAAAAAAGUGCAGCACUAAUGGGUAAGCCCUGCGCAUUUCAUCUCAAUUCUGAGACUUCCUCAGGGGCAUGAUCGCUAAAAAUACAGACCUGCUGUAUUUGAAUCCCGAACAAUUCUAUUUUGGACCGCCAUCAGCCAAUCCGAAUGCAGUCCCCCAUCUGUAAAUAAUAUUCAUCCGUCUUUAUUUAGCGCCAAAAAAAACGCUCAGGAGUCUCAGAAUUGAGACAAAACACGUAGGGCUUACCCAUUAGUGCUUCACUUGAUUUUGUUUUUACUUGCCUCCCCACAUACAUCUAUCUGGUGAAGGAACACAUAGACUGCUGUAUCCAGUUCCCAAAAAUUCUGAGGUUAUUGAUGGGCUUUUAAACUACGUACAUCUUGUAUUUUAUUAUUGUAAUAUUUCACCCAUGGAGGGUAUGGUGUGGCUUGCCAUGGCAAACAACUUUUGUUUUGUUUUUAUGGCCCGUAUAGUAACAUAGAACUAGAAAUUCUAAGCCUUGACAUAGAGAAGCAUUGUGGAUAUGUACUCAGCUAAUACUUCCACUGGGAACUAUAUUGCAAAGCGAGUAAGGCUGAAAACCCUCUUGGCUGCCAUAUUGACAGCCUGGAGUUGUGAGACUAGUGUAAGUCAGUUACCCUCUGCUGCAAACAAGCUAACAUACUUAGUGUGUGGAGUGUUCCUUUUUGACCACUUUAUUUUUUUUAAUCCUAUUCACAUACAAUACACUCUACACUCUGUGGUGCAGUCUGGAUAUAAUUGUCUGCAUACCAGCACCAUUGCAUUUAAAUGGUUUUCUUCAGCAGUAUUUGAUUAUAAAAAUGCUUUAUACAAGUUACAAUAGUAGUAGUAGAUGGUUUCAUUUUGAGUAAAAAUAACUUUACUUCACAUUUAAUUCUUGUUAAAUUGUAUAGCAACCCAGUUUUUAAAAUGGACUUAAAUUUCAUUUUCAGUGAUGAGUCUGAAAAAGAUACAAAGAAAACCAAAAAAGAAGAGGACAACUCUGCAGGUAAGCUUUCAUUCUAAUCUUGUACACUGACAUUUUUAUUUUGUAUUUUUAUUUUUUUUAGGACACAUGUCCUAGUCUGUAUUAGCUUAUUUAAGUUCCAUGUUAUGGUUGUAAGAAAAUCAAAUGCCUGUCUGCACAUAUCAUCCUACACAUGCAGAACACUAUGAGAAAGAAUAAAUCUUUCUUUCUCAUAGUGUUUGCAGUUUUUCUAUAGAAGACUUAACAUUGCUACUGUUAUUGAAAUUUAGCAAGUAUAUUUGUCACUGAGACAAAUGUAUAACUAGAACAAAUAUACUCUUUAAAACAAGCUUUGUGAAAAUGUGUGCACAAGUAUACUUAGGGCUAUGAGUUUAAUGCAUAAUUGACUUAACCUUAAAGGUGUUAUACUGCCAAUUUAGAUUGCCGGUCCUCCUAAAUGUAAUUAAAAAAAAAAAAAAAUGUAAUAAAUGGAAACUUUUUCAGCAUUGAGACCCACUCUGCCUCCAGUGACAUCCCAAAGGCAUUCGCCUUUUUUUUUUCUCAUCCAAUCCAAUGUUUUUCUAAGAUAAACAUUGGGGAUGAGCAGAGUCGUGCUUGUCCAAUCAAAUGCUUCUCAAAUGGAAGCAUUAAACAAUACUUUCCUUGGAUCAGCUUUAGAGGAUGCUCAAUGUCUUCAUGUUGUUGAAUGUGAACUGACUGUCAUAGCAGCGGAAGCACUCCCUAUAGUUGUUUUUAGCCUUGCAAUGAAAAACAUUGCUCUGUCUACAGAGUGGCAAUGCUAUACAUUGCAGGACCACUGCCCCCAGGCCACUUAAUUGAUUGGUCUAGGUCCUUAUAGUGAUGGUUUAAGAGGCUGUCUUGCAGCUAAUUUGAUGCUCAAAUUGUUUUAGGCCUAUUUAACACGUAACCAGUAAUAUUUGUAACAUUGAAAUCACCUCUUAUAUUUAAAGGGAAGUGCUGUAGGGAUUUCUCCUACAUAUCCUCUAAAACACACAAGCUUGACAGCUUUAGUGUACCUAUUGACAUCUAGGUUCACACAGUGUAGUGAUUCUUCUCAUUACUCCUGCACUGGGAAGAAAACCUACUUUAAUUAAGUGGUGUUGGCGUUCAUUCACCUCACUUAUUGGAUUGUCAUCAUCCAUGCUAUUAUAGGCUGUUUGUAUGAAUUCCCUUUAGCUUUUAAUGGGUAAGACGUAAGGAGAGUGAGUAGUCGUACAGAGCAAAGUGUAUUUCUUAUAGUAAAUGUGUGGCAUUAAAAAAACACUAUAUAGGGUCAGGAACACAGACAUGCAUUUCUGAUCCUAUAGUUUUAAAAACACAAUCUUGCACCCCUAAAUAUAGGCAAAUCUUACCUUUUAUUCCAGUCUGCUGAUACCGGCUCUGCCUCCUUGGAAGUGUUGAUCUCGGUCAAUCACAAUGCUUUCCCAUAGGAAAGGAUUGGAUGAGAUUGUCAAUUCUGAUGUCAGCAAAGAAGGCUAGCUGGGGGUGGAGCCAAACACCACACUAGUCAAUCCAUAUCUCCUCAAUGCAUCUCUAUGAGGAAAGUUGUGUCUCAGUGCAGUGGGUGGAAAGACUGAAUGUCAAUGCUGCACACUGCAACACUGCCCCAGGAAUCACCUCUAGUAGCCAUCUUAGGUGUGUCCCUAGGCUGUAAAGUAAACCCUGCCCUUUUCUCUUGUUCAUUGCAAAAAGCCUGCAGGGAUGGACUAUACUUACCAGAACUACCUUAAGGACACGACAUGUCAUGAUUCCCUUUUAUUCCAGAAGUUUGGUCCUUAAGGGGUUAAACUGUAGUUGUUCUGAUAACUAUAAUGUCCCUUUAAGUUUAUACAUAAAUAUUCCAUAAAAAAAUAUAUAUAUAUAUAUAUAUAUAUAUAUAUACCCUCUCUCCCUCUCUCCCUCCGAAAACCAUCUUGCUGUAAUUGGGGAGAAAAAAAAAAUUCUGUUGAAAGUGCAAGAAACAUGGGCUGCUACUUACAAGCAUUUAACGAUUUUGUUACCUCUUAUUAAAGUCCUUUUGGUGACCACUGAGACGGAAAAUGAUUUAAUAAUGAGAAUCCUUCAUAGACAUAAGUGUUGUACUCUGGUGCAUACAUGAGAGUACAGCACUAACUGCUCCUGUGAAAUAAAGCACCAGGAGCUGAAGAGGACACUGUGGAAGAAGAUGGCAGCUGCUGUAAAGGUUUAGAUAAUUAGAACUAAACUCUUGUAGGCUGUUUUAGUACUGCAGUGUAAACAGGACUAAGGGGGGGGACAGGGACAUUGCACCCAGGCCACUUUUAACUCAUUGAGGUGGUCUGGGUGCCUAUAGUGUCCCUGUAACGACUUCACAAUGUUUAUAGGGUAUGGAAAAAAUAAACACAAACUACAAGUUACUUUUUGAUAUUGCUGCUCUUCUAAGUAAAAACUUAAGCUAUUGGAGACCAGGUUAUUUUUCAUCACGUUUAGCUGUAUUGCAAAUCAUAGUCUGUUUGCUUUGUUGAUUUGAGGAUAUUUUCAUUAACAGAGGCAUGUGUUGGUUCUGAUAACUUAUGAAAUUUAAACAUGUUGGCCUAGCAAAUAUAAUCAUUAAAUAAAAAAAAACCAAAACGCAUGAAUCUGUCUGUCUUCUGAUUGCAGCAAUCAAAGAUCUGUAAUUGUUUAUGUAAAGGGAUGGAGUAUACAUGCAUGAAACCAGUUUCUGCAUAAUCUUUUUGCUUUUUAACAAUGUGAAUUGAUCUGUAUGCAUCUUCAUUAUGUGCUUACUCAAAGAUUUCAACUUUUAAACUUGGACUAGUAAUUGUUUGUAUGUUCCAGGUUGACAUGUAUAGUAACUAGUUAACCAUUGGUAACCAAUUAUUGACAGAUGAUGGUCCAUGCACAGGCUGAAGUUCUGUCAUUUAUGAAUGUAAAAGAUCAAAAAAUAAAACCUUUUCUGUUAAAGGAUCACUAUAGGGAACGCAAACCUGUAUUCCUGACCCUAUAGUGUUAAAACCACCCCUCAUGCCUCCAUAAAUAUAGCAAAAUCUUAUUGUAUUCAAGCCAGAAGCUGUAGAUCUGCAUGCUGUUUGCCUCAAAAAACAAGCAGUCUGCUGACCUAAUCAGAAGUGGUAGCCUCAUCCAAUCACGGUGCUUCUCCAUAGGAUUGGCUGAGACUGAUUAGGUAGAUCAGGGGCAGAGCCAGCAUGAUUCAAACACAGCCCUGGCCAAUCAGCAUCUGCUCAUAGAGAUGAAUUGAAUCAAUGAAUCUCUAUGAGGAAAGUUCAGUGUCUGCAUGCAGAGGGAGGAGACACUGAAUGUUUGGAUGCAUUUUAGGCAGCCAUGGCCCAGAAAGGAUCUCCAACAGCCAUCACUAGGCUGUAAUGUAAACACUGCAUUUUCUCUGAAAAGGCAGUGUUUACAGCAAAAGGUCUGAAGGUAAUGAUUCUACACACCAGAACAAAUUCAAUAAGAUGUAGUUGUUCUGGUGACUAUAGUGUCCCUUUAAGACAUUGUCAUCACUUAAAGAGUGACUUUGAUUUCUUAAAGGCAGAUCACAAGAACUUUGCAAGGGUCUGCAACUACUGUGGCAAAAGACCAUUACAUGAGUUGAAGAAACUGGCACUCGCGAGGACCAAACAAGGUCAGGCCUGCCAAAAGUGACCUCCAUAUCUGAGAAUUUAAAUUAGGUUGCAAGACUGCAAAACAAACUAACUUCCUCUGAAAUACAAGCUUAGCUAAAUGCUGUUCGGAGAAGAUUACUUGAAGUUGUCCUUACUAGAAGAAUUGCUAAGAAACUGUUUGGGCAAAAUAAAAGACUUACCUGGACUAUUGAACACCAAAUAAACAAGAUCGAUGUCGUCAUAUUGUGGGUUGUACAGUGAGAAAUAUAUCCAUCAAACUGCAGAGACGAGUACACAAGUAUUCUGCGUGUCUAGUUUUUUCUGAUAAACCUACAGGAUGUAAUGCAUGGUUUUACUUUGGUGAAAGAGCUUUGUGGUUUUUUUUUUGUUUUUUUUCUCUCCAGACCAACACAUUUCAUUGAACUUAUUGAAGAGGAACUAGUAACCAAAGUCAAUACAGCUUAAUGUAGAGGUUCUGUUGUCUGUAGCCAGUCCCUGCAUGCUUUUUAACCCCUUAAGACCGGAGGGCGUACUAUUACGCUCUAUUCUAAGUGGCUCUAAACGCCGCCGGGCGUAAUAGUACGCCCUCCGGUCUUUCUGUAAUUACCCGGUCGCCGGCGUUCGCGGUUGGGGCGACUCCCAGGGAGCCCCCGCGGCACGUCCGACACUCUGGAAGCCCCCCCGGCCAUGUGAGAGUGGGGUCCUUGCGAGGACCCCACAAUCACAUGGCCGGGGGUAGCUGGCUGCAGCAUUGCCAGCAGGGGGACUGCCUGUAAUGACAGGUGGUCCCCCUGCUGGCUGAAAAUAAAAUUAAAUAAAUUUUAAAAAAAAGUGUUAAAAAAAAAAAUGUAUAUGUAUGUACACUGUAGGUGUAUUUUACUAUUAAUAUAUAUAUAUCAAAUUACACGUAGACUGAUACUGAUUAAAUAUAUAUUUAUAUAUAUAUAUAUUAUUUCGUUCUAACUGUAUUGUGAAAUUAAUAUAUAUCAAAAUACACGUAGAACAAAUUAAUAUAUAUCUAUAUACAUAAAUAUAUACGUAUAUAUAUCACUAUAUACCUAUAUAAAUAAAAAUAUUUUAAAAAAAUUAUAUAGAUAUAUACACAUACGUGUGUAUAUAUAUAUGUGUGUGUGUAAAAUAUAUAUGUAAUAUUUUUACAUAAUAAGGUAUCUUUAAUUACAAUUAGCGGGAUCUCCUUGACAACCCAUGCCAAAAGUAAAGGGAAUUUAAUUUGCUAGCACUAUAUUUAACCCUAUAACUUUCCAAGACACCAUAAAACCUGUACAUGGGGGGUACUGUUCUACUUGGGAGACUUCGCUGAACACAAAUAUUAGUGUUUCAAAACAGUAAAAUGUAUUACAACGAUGAUAUCGCCAGUAAAAGUGACUUUUUUUGUUUUUUUCACGCACAAACAGCAUUUACACGGAUGAUAUUAUUGCUGCGAUACUUUUUACUGUUUUGAAACACAAUAUUUUGUGUUCAGCGAAGUCUCCCGAGUACAACAGUACCCCUCAUGUACAGUUUUUAUGGUGUUUUCAAAAGUUACAGCGUCAAAUAUAAGGCUUGUGUUUCAUUUUUUUCACAUUAAAAUUCGCCAGAUUGGUUAGGUUGCCUUUGAGACCCUAUGGUAGCCCAAGAAUGAAAAUUACCCCUAUGAUGGCAUACCAUUUGCAAUAGUAGACAACCCAAGGUAUUGCAAACAGGGUAUGUCCAGUCUUUUUUAGUAGCCACUUAGUCACAAACACUGGCAAAAAUUGGCGUUUUUUGCAUUUUUCACACACAAACAAAUACUAACGCUAACUUUGGCCAGUGUUUGUGACCAAAUGGCUACUAAAAAAGACUGGACAUACCCCAUUUGCAAUACCUUGGGUUGUCUACUAUUGCAAAUGGUAUGCCAUUAUGGGUGUAAAUUUCAUUCCUGGGCUACUAUACGGUCUGAGGCAACAUAACCAAUCUGGCGAACUUCAAUUUCAAAUGUAACGUGCUAUAUAUUUGACCCUGUAACUUCCCAAAAUGCCAUAAAACCUGUACAUAGGGGGUACUGUUUUACACGUGAGACUUUGCUGAAUACAAAUAUGUGUAUUUUAUUGCAGUAAAAGCAAACAGUAUUAUGACAUUGACAGUUAAAAUGUCAUGUAGAACUAAAAAAAAUCAAAAAAAUCUUAUUUUCUCCCAUUAUUUUCAUAUUAAAUUAUGUUUCAUAGCUAAAUAUUUGAUAUUAAAUGAAAGCCCUGUUUCCCCUGAAUAAAAUGAUAUAUAAUAAGGGUGGGUGCAUUUACUAUGAAAGAGGUGAAUUACUGUUGGACAGACAUGUAGCGCAAAUGCCAGGUUUUGUUUACAUUUUGUUUUGUUCACAACGUGUACAUUUGGCUCCGUCCUUAAGGGGUUAAUAUAAACACUGCCUUCUCAGAGAAAGGGCAUUGUUUACAUUUGGUGCUUAGUAACACUUCUAGUGGCAGUCAUUCAGACAUGCAGUAGAGGUGCUGCAGUGUGCAGCACUUAAUGUUCAGUGUGUCUACACUGUGCAUGAAGACACUAAACAUUCUGUCGAUUCAGUGCAUCUCUAAGGGGAUGCUGAUUGGCACAGUGUUUUGCUUAGCAUGGGCAAUAGCCUCUCAAUCCAUUAUAUAUACACUUUAGACAAAGUAGUAACAACUUUUGUCUCGUGCAGUAUUCAGUUUUUGAGGAGAUUGUUCAGGUAAAGUAUGUCUUAUGUUCCACUCUGUUCUUAUGGCACCAUGAUGAACACUGCCUUUGGAUUUUUUUUUUUUUUGGUUUUUCUUUUCUUAAAUGCAGACACCUGGAGUGAUGGAAUCAUGAGAAUUGGUUGGAUUGUAGCCACACUAACUGUUAACCAAAUAGCCUGUAGAUGUGCGUUAAUAUAAAAGUAAAUUGCUGUCAUCAUGUAAAUGAGUACUGUUGUAAAAUUUCAGUAUGAGAAGGGAAGGUGGAUUCAUGGAUUGCAGGAUAAAACUUACUAGGAAAGGUUAAAGGAUCUUAACAUGUAUAGCUUGGAAGAAAGAUGAGACAGGGGAGAUAUGUUUGAAACCUUUAAAUACAUAAAGGGAAUCAACACGGUAAAGGAGGAAACUAUAUUUAAAAGAAGAAAAACUACCACAACAAAAGAACAUAGUCUUAAAUUAGAAGGGCAAAGGUUUAAAAAUAUCAGGAAGUAUUACUUUACUGAGAGAGUAGUGGAUGCAUGGAAUAGCCUUCCAGCUGAAGUGGAAGAGGUUAACACCGUGCAGGAGUUUAAGCAUGCGUGGGAUAGGCCUAAGGCUAUCCUAGACUUAAGAUAAGGCCAGGAACUAAUGAAAGUAUUUCAAAAUAUUGGGCAGACUAGAUGGGCCAGAAUGGUUGGUCUCCAUUUGCCGUCACAUUCUAUGUUUCUAUGUCUGCAUCUUGGUGUGUUUUUGUUUAGUUUUUUGUUUUAUUACAUUACUUCUGAUGUUUCUGCACUCCUCUCUGUGUAAGAAGUCAAACAGAUUUUAGCAGUACUUUGUAGUGAAAGUCAAUAAAUGGUCCCGUUUCAUAAACCAUUAUAAUUAAGAGGCAAUUGUGGCACUACUUAUGUAUUUGUCUAUUUUUAUGUUUAAUUCAGAGGAAGACAUUGGUAGUGACGAUGAUGUUGCAGCAGGUGAUGGAAAAGCCGAUAGUGACUAUGAGAGCCCCAAAAAAAGUAAAAAGGUCAAAAAGGCUACACCUGACAAGAAGAGGACUCCAAAAUCAAGGAAGAAAACUUCCCCAGGUAAAGACAAUGCCAAAAAUACAUAAGUACCCCUUUUGUUUUUAAUAUAUGAAUAUAUUUUUUUUCAUCUGCUAAAUAUAAUCCAAACAUUAUGUUGCUUUAAGAUUUAAAGUUUUUGUUUCCCACAGAUGAUAGUGAUGAUGAAAAAGAUAAACGCAAAAAUGUCCGCCAGCAAAGACAAGCCGCAUCCAAAGCUGUUUCUAAGCAGAGGGAAAUGUUGAUGGGUGAUGCGGGCAGUGAAGAGGAGGAGCCAGAGGAGGAAGAAGAAGCACAAUUUCUAGAAAGUGAGUUUAAAGGGCUUGAAAACUUUGCACUGAACAGCUUGACUUGUUUGCAAUGCACUGUUUUUUUUUUUUUUUUCUCUCUCCAGUCAGAACUUACCGUAUUUUUCGCUCCAUAAGACGCACCUCACCAUAAGACGCACCUAGUUUUUAGAGGAGGAAACCCAGAAAAAAAAAUAUUCUGAACAAACUGUUCCAUAGUGUUUCUUACCAUGGGACAGUUUGUUCAGAAUAUUUUUUUUUUCUCCCCUGUCCCAUAAUGAUCUUUAACCCCCCUUUCCUCUCUCCCAUAGUGAUUGUUAACCCCUCCUACCCUGUCCCAUAGUGUUCUUUAACCCCUCCUCUCCUUGUCCAUUAGUGUUCUGAUCCCAUAGUGUCCCCCCCUCCCAUUGUCCCAUAGUGCACUUUCCCUCCCAUAGUGUCCCCCCCUGCCCUUGUCCCAUAGUGUCCCCCCUCCCCUUGUCCCAUAGUGUCUCCCCUCCCUUUCUCCCAUAGUGUCCCCCCCUCCCCUUCUCCCAUAGUGUCUCCCCUCCCUUGUCCCAUAGUGUCCUCCCUCCCCUUGUCCCAUAGUGUCUCCUCCCUCCCUUGUCCCAUAGUGUCUCCUCCCUCCCUUGUCCAUAUAGUGUCCCCCGCUUGUCCUGUAGUGUCCCCUCCCCUCCCAUGUGUCUCCCCUCCUUUCUCCCAUAUCCCCUCCCUGUCCCAUGUCUCCCUCCCUCCCUUGUCCCAUAGUGUGUCCUCCCCCCCCACCUUGUCCCAUAGGUGUCCCCCCCUGCCCUUGUUGUCCCAGUGUCUCCCCCUCCCCUUGUCCCAUGUGUCCCCCCUCCCCUUGUCCCAUGGUGUCUCCCCCUCCCUUGUCCCAUGGUGUCUCCCCUCCCUUGUCCCAUGGUGUCCCUCCCCCUCCCCUUGUCCCAUAGUGUCUCCUCCCCUUGUCCCAUAGUGUCUCCUUGUCCCAUAGUGUCUCCCCCUCCCCUUGUCCCAUUGUCCUCCCCUUCUCCCAUAGUGUCUCCCCCUCCCUUUCUCCCAUAUGUCCCAUAGUGUGUCCCCCUCCCCUUGUCCCCCCCUCUCCCUGUCCCAUAGUGUCCCCCUCCCCUUGUCCCAUAGUGUCUCCUCCUCCUUGUCCCAUAGUGUCUCCUCCCCUCCCUUGUCCCAUAGUGUCUCCCCCUCCCCUUGUCCCAUAAUUACUUACCUGUCUUGGAGCGUGGGCCGGCUUCACAGCGCGCUCCGCGGUCCAGGAACUAAUAUUUCAGGUUCCGGUUUCCGGCGGGACUGAAAGGAAGUGUGCACACUUCCUUUCAGUCCCGCCGGAAACCGGAACCUGAAAUAGAAGUUCCUGGACCGCGGAGUGCGCUGUGAAGCCGGCCCACGCUCCAAGACAGGUAAGUAAUUCUUCACAUUCGCUCCAUAAGACGCACAGACAUUUCCCCUCACUUUUGAGGGGAAAAAAAGUGCGUCUUAUGGAGCGAAAAAUACGGUAAAUAGACAAUGGAAUAUUUUAUUCAAAAUUUUGUUGAUUUUAAAAUGAAUAUAAUCAUCUCAUAUGUAUCUGUAAUAUUAGCCAGGCUUCUGCAGCUUCUAUACAGUGGUCAUUGUGCGAUCAGUGAAUGGUUUACACCUAUAAACAUUGUAUAUUCAAGAUUCAGUAGGUGUUUUAUUAGCUGAAGUAGUGAAAAUUUUGUUAUUGAAGGAAAGCUACACAAGAUAGGUGGAGUAAGCAAUGCUGUUAAAGUGAAAAUCUUGAUUACUGGUUCUUUGUUGCUGCUAGAUGUCUUUUUCCUAAGAUGUUCAAACCAUUGUGCUUUUUACACGGUGUGAGAAAGCAAACCACUAAUUUUUAAUUUGUGUUUGAACAGAGGAUUCAGGCAGUGAUGAGGAUUUCAUGGUAGAAGAUGAUGACGACAGUGAUUAUGGUCGCUCCAAGAAGAAGAAGAAGGUGGUUAAAAAAUCGAAACCAGAGCGAAGGGAGAGAAAAGUACCUAAGCCACGACUAAAAGCCACAGGUAAUGAGUAGAUAAAAACACACAAUUGGGUCAGCGCUCAAUAACAAAAAAUACUAAACAAGACAGCAACCUUAAAGGUCCUGGCACUAUAGUGUCCUGAGCGUGCCCCCACCCUCAGGGUCCCACUCCCGCCAGGCUGGAUGGCAAGGAAAGGGGUUAAACUUACCCUUUUUCCAGCGCCGGGCGGGGAGCUCUCCUCCUCCUUCUCUUCGGCUGAAUGUGCAUGCGCGUGCAUUCAACCACUCUCAUAGGAAAGCAUUCAUAAUGCUUUCCUAUGGACGCUGGCGUCUUUUCACUGAUUUUUUGAGACAGCCACUAGAGGCUUUAGAGGCUGGAUUAACCCACUUAUAAACAUAGCAGUUUCUCUGACAUAGCUAAAAUGUUCUAUUCCUUUUAUUAAAUUUGUAGCCCGCCUCUGCAUUUUUUCAAGUGCCAUAAUAUCCUCUUUUAGAACUAGUGCACAAAACUGCACAGCAUGUUCAAGAUGUGGUUAACGUAGUUAUUAAACUGCAGUUUAAAUCUGUAUGUUGCUAGUGUUUUGUAACAGGUCUUAAAGUAUUGAGAAGCCGGUAUGCACAAGUUCCAUGAAAGGCUGCAUAUCCAACAUAUUCUAAUCUGUCAGGAAUACUAGUUUUUGGUUGAGACUUUUAAAAUCAGUAUAAUUUAUUUAGAUUUAGAAGGAAAAUGGCAGCUAUAGAAAAAUAUAUUUGAAGUACAUGUGGGGGGGUCCUUCCAUUUGGCCAAGCAUAUAAUCUGUGUAUUAACCUUUAAAAUGUGCAUUCCGCAGUAACACCAAGUCCAGUGAAGGCCAAAGGAAAAACUCGCCCAGUCUCAAAGGCACCCAAGGAGAAAUCUCCGUCGCCUAAAGCAGAGGAAGAAGAGGAGGAUGAUGAUCCUGAGACACCCCCACCAGAGAAGAAACCUGCAAGCCCUGCAGAGGAGAAGUCUGGAGAAGAGGGUUCUGAUGAAGAAGCUCAGUCCACGGAGGACUAGCCUGUUGUGUUUAGGGAGGGGUGGGUUGGGUAUGUGGGUGUGAGGAUGAAUAUUGGGGAGAUUUUAUUAAAAAAUACAAAACAAAAGUUAAAAAAAGAGAAAAAAAGCCAGGUUGGAGAUAAAACAUGAUUUAGGCAACUGCUUGACUCGUGCACCACCAAUUCUGUCUUUCAUUUGUUUUAAGAGUUACAUAUGCGCUUUUUUUUUAUUUUAUUUUUUAUUCAGCAGAAGGUGAACCUUUUUUGCCAUUUGGGGGUUAAUGGUCAGUCUUUCCCAUCACCUGUAUGAAAUAAAGCCAUGCACAUUUUUAAUAAGUUUGCAUUGCUAAGAUGUAUGUCGUUUUUUGUUUUUUUUCUUCUUUUCUUAAAUAUAUAUAUUCAUUGAGGUGUCUAGUUGUAGGAUUUCUUUGCUGAAAGUUGAGCUCCCCUAUAUGUACUUUAGUACUAGGUUUUCAGCAGGUGUUUAUGUUCAGUCCCCUUGUUACUUUUUUACCUCGCACUAAUGGGGUCAACAAUGUUUUGCAAAGUAUUGGUAUAAUGCAGUGACUCUUAUGCCUCCUUCAUUUGGCAUGUUUUUAAAUACUUUUGGGCUAAUGAAAUGGCAAUAUUUUACUGCGAUUGACUUUGUAGAAGGAAAACAGCUUCAACCUCUAUUUUUGUAUAUAGUCUAAGGUUUCUUCCUUUUUAGGCUGUGGACCAUCUCAAUCUUAGACCAAAUACAUGUUUAAAGAAGUUCAUAUAAUUUUACUAUAUUGUACUCCCAGUCAGUAUCCUAACAUCAAUAAAAAUCCGCCAAAUGUAUUCUUCUAGUGGAGAUUUUGGCAUGCAUGUGUAAUGUACGUUUGCCAUGUUCAAAUUCUAGUGAUCCAUAAUGUAUGUGUGAUGGCAGUGUCUUGAUGUAAAACAAAGGAAAAGGGGUUAAAUGAAUAGCAUUUGUGCUUUUACUCUUUCUAGCCAGUUUUGCAAGUGGGUAUGGUCAUGUUGCCAUGAUUCUCUUCCCCGCCCCCUCACCCCCCAAAUCCCUAUAUUUUGAACAACAUGGAUCUCACUGUUUAGUGUCCGUGCCCCACAUAGGAAUUGCACACUGGUUGAGGGUACAUUGUACUUAUGAAUGUAUAACCUUUUUUUAAUCUUGGGCUGUUUUGUCCCUUAAAGCCAUUUGUCACACGGGAUAGAAUAUAUUUUGGAGCCCUGCUAGAGAUUUUACGAUGCCUAAAUCACAUCACUUAAUUUGAUAUUCUUUAAAUGCUCAACUUUUGCAGUGACUGUAACAAUAUUGACUAAAGAUCUGUAUAUAAAAUCUAAAUAGCCUCCAUUCAUGCUGUAUGCAAACAUGUAACUUCCUUCUGUUGAAAGGCAAUUGAUAAAAGUUUGAUAACUUUUACCGUGAACAUUUGUGACUUUGUUUUUGGGAUUAUUUUUUUUUUUCCUCCUUCACAAAUCCUGCAGAUACACUGUAAAGCAGUGAUAUAAUCUUUACUACACACUUGUGCUUUGACUACAAUAAAUGUUUCCCUAAAGUAA